AUGGCUGCGACUAUGCUUGGUCAGGGCAAGAAUGCAUGGCAAGCAGAGAUUGACGCGGCUGCGGAACUGGCAGACUUCUACCGCUUCAACGUUUCUUAUGCAGAGGAAAUCUAUUCUCGACAGCCAACCUUGAAUGAGAAGGGCCAGUCCGGGAAAACCGACUGGCGGCCACUAGAAGGUUUUGUCUAUGCCGUCUCACCAUUCAACUUCACCGCCAUUGGCGGGAACUUGAUAUCAGGUCCGGCUCUUUUAGGCAACGUUGUUCUAUGGAAACCUUCUCCAUCGAACAUCUACGCUAGCUACCUCGUCUACAAGAUCCUGCGCGAGGCUGGCCUUCCGCCUAAUGUCAUACAAUUCAUUAAUGGCGAUGCAGAACUUGUCACCAAGGUAGCUCUUGAGCAUCGAGAAUUGUCUGCCAUCAACUUUACGGGAUCUUCAGAUGUUUUCCGCAGCCUAUAUGGCAAGAUCGCAGAUGGCGUGAAAGCCAAGAAGUAUCGCGACUUUCCGCGACUGGUUGCUGAAACCUCAGGGAAGAACUUCCAUCUCAUCCAUCAAUCCGCGGAUAUCAGCAACGCGGUGAAGCAUACGAUACGAGCAUCCUUCGAGUAUUCUGGCCAGAAGUGUUCCGCCUGCUCCCGCAUUUACAUUCCCGAAAGCCGUGCGAAGGAGUUCUUUUCAGAAAUGAAGCAAGAGCUUAGUCAGGUGAAGAUGGGACAUCCGGAAGAUUUUCAGAGUUUCCUCGGUCCAGUCAUCAACCAAGCUGCCUUUGACAAGAUCACUAGCGCCAUGGAGAAGGCUAACAAGGAUAACCACCUUCGGUUGGUCGUUGGUGGCGGUUACAACUCAAGCGAGGGGUAUUUCAUUGAGCCUACGAUUUACACUUCCGACACUCUGGACCACCCUCUUUUCGAUUACGAGCUCUUUGGUCCAGUUCUCGUGGCCUAUGUCUAUCCUGACGCCGAGUUUGACUCUCUGCUUGGCGCCAUCGAUAAACAAGGAGGCAAUUUUGCCCUUACUGGAUCAAUCUUCGCAAAUGAUCAAGCAGCAAUUCGCAAGGCCGAGAAUGAGCUGCGCUACGCUGCUGGCAACUUCUAUACCAAUUGCAAGACAACCGGUGCAGUGAUCGGUCAGCAGUCCUUCGGAGGCGCGAGAAGCAGCGGCACAAACGACAAAGCUGGCAGUGCAAAUAUGCUGAUGCGUUUCACUGCGCCUCGGACCUUGAAGGAGGAGUAUCAUUCGCUGAACAAUGUACUGUAUCCUAGCAAUGCAUGA